AAGCUCAGAUAAGUAGAUUUUUUAAUAAUACAGUAAGACUUCUUGUUGCACUUUUUCUUUCUGGUGCCUGGUGCUUGUUUCAAUGGACACCAAAUAAAUGACUAGGUCAUUGCUACUGUAUAUAACUAUUGUUUCAGCAUGUCAUUUCUAUGACAAACACCAGGUAAACAGCAGAUUGUAAGCAUAACAAGAAAAAAGUUAUCUCUAUUUGGUUUUCCUGAGGUUGUCUCAUUACUGACAUGAUGUGUAUAGCAGCAAAUGUCAGGAGGAAAGACCCUAGCCGUAGUUCUGUAAAUGGGGUCCCUAGGAGAGCCCUACCCCACCCGGGGAAGGGAAAGACAAGGGCAGGGUGGGGGAACCAUGCCUAGAGUGGGGGUCUAUCUCCAUCACCUCAGCCUUCUGGAUAUACGCUGUGAUUGACAGGUCUUGCUCCAUUGACCUGAGGUUCAACAGUAAAUAUUUCAUCGUCCUCUCUGUGCUUCAUAUCCAUUCUGACCUGUUUAUUCUUUAAUUGGGGAUCCAUACUGUGGUUCGAGCCACAAAGUAAAUGAGCAAUGAUUAAUUGAUGUAUUAAUUGCUAGGAAAGCAAGGGAAAGGUGUCAGGGAGGAUUAUUGUGUGUGGUCGUCCAUCUAUUAUUGAUAUAAAACAGGAGCCUCUCUGAAUCCACUGUUCACUGGAGUUAUUUCACUGGUAUGAUAUUGAUAUUUAAUUUCACUUUGGAUAUUACAAAUUAAUUUUCUUCACCUUAUCCCAUAUUUACUAAAAUGCAGGGACUAAAAUGACUUUUUAAAUUCGAGCUUUGAAUGCUCAUUUGAAAUUUAAAAAGCUUAUUAUGAGGUUAUUGCAGAAAUUGGGACAUAGAAUAAAAUCCAUCCUAUCCAUCAGAAAACACAGCAACCUGCGCAACGCGUGGUGGGCGUGUUGUCCGUAUGACAACCAGCCAAUACCAUUGCACCUGUCAAAAUCCAAACUCCAAACGCAUUGCAUUGGAGUGGGUGGUGGUUUUGCCCUCAAGAGGUGUGGCUACACACACAUUUCCCAGUAACAUUUGGAGACAAUAGGGAAAGGAGGCGGCGAUUACCCAUCUUUGGGGCGGGGCCAGGAAGACGUUAUAUUAUAGGUGGCUGCUAGGUAUCCAUACUACAUACAGCCAUUUACAGCCAAAAGCAGAGGAGUCUGACUGGAUAGAGAGAGACCUACAGGGGAGAAGACAGGAGGUUUAAACCUGUCAUCAUUACCAUCACUACCAUCACCUCAACCAACCAACCGACCGACCAUUCUAUCAAUUUGUUUAAUCCUGAGACGAUUCUAGUGACAACGAACCAACACGGAGCAAAACGAGGAAGACGGACAACGACCCUCACUAACUUCUGCAAUCAUGAUGUCAAUGAACAGCAAACAACCUUUCAGUAUGCACCCCAUACUGCACGAGCCCAAAUACACGCCUCUGCAAUCGACCUCAGAGGCCAUCCGGAGGGCAUGCAUGCCCACUCACUCGCUGCAGAGCAACAUCUUCGCCGGCUUCGAUGAGACUUUACUGCAGAGGGCGGAAGCGCUGGCGGCGGUGGAUAUCGCAAAGAGCCACCCUUAUAAACCAGACGCAACCUACCACACCAUGACCACGAUGACCAGCAUGGCCUGCACCCCCACCUCAUCCUCGGCCCACCUCCACCACCCGUCCGUGCUCACCUCGCACCACCACCACCAUCACCCCCAUCACCAGGGCUCUCAGGGCCUGGAUGGCGACCUGUUGGACCACCUGACCCCCGGCAUGUCUGUCUCCCUGGGAGGGAUGCCCGGCUCCGACGUCUGCUCCACUGCCUCCCAUCCACACUCUCACAUGUCCGCCAUAAACCACAUGCAGCAGCACCACCACCACCAACAGGCAAUGAACAUGCACCCCCACAGCAUGGGCUCGCACACCUCGCUGGGCGGCGGCGUGGACUCAGAGCCAGACCCCCGGGAGCUGGAGUCCUUCGCAGAGCGGUUCAAGCAGAGGCGGAUCAAGCUGGGGGUGACGCAGGCGGACGUGGGCUCGGCCCUGGCGAACCUUAAAAUCCCCGGGGUCGGUUGCCUCAGUCAGAGCACGAUUUGCCGGUUCGAGUCCCUCACCUUGUCUCAUAACAACAUGGUGGCCCUGAAACCCAUCCUGGAAGCGUGGCUGGAGGAGGCGGAGAGGGCGCAGCGGGAGAAAAUGACCAAGCCAGAGAUUUUCAACGGAGGAGACAAGAAGAGAAAACGCACCUCCAUCGCUGCUCCCGAGAAGCGCUCCUUGGAGGCAUAUUUCGCCGUGCAGCCGAGGCCCUCGUCUGAGAAGAUUGCAGCAAUAGCCGAGAAACUGGACCUGAAAAAGAACGUGGUCAGGGUGUGGUUUUGCAAUCAGAGGCAAAAGCAGAAAAGGAUGAAGUUUUCUGCGACACACUAGGAAAAUACAGAGCAAAACUUUCCUCGAAUAGACAAAUCCGAAGCAAAUAGGCAAACGGCUAAGGUCCAUCGAGGCUAGCAGACAAGAUGUGUUUCGUUCCUUUGAAUUGGGAUAAAGACUUGAAAACCAACAUCCACCGGGGCAAAACGUAUACCUUUUGAAAUUGAAAACUGAACAUCGAUGAAUACAAUACAGUGAAAUAGGAGAUCGACAUCAUUAAACUCCAUGGAGGCGGAAAAGAGAAAACCCACCUCUUAACUCAUGGCAAUUAUUGUACAAAAAUGGAAAUCGAAUAAUAAUUGUUAUUAUUCUCUUGAGUCAGAAUAACUAUUUUAUAUUUAUCAUUGUACAUAUUUGUGAAUAGGCUACAUUUCACCUGUGUGUGAAGAGCGCAUCGAAUUCGUUCUUUUUUCAAAAAUCGAAUUGUUGUUUGCAGAAGAUAACUGAUGCUUAGGGCGUAAUGUUGUCAUCAUUGUAUGUGUCUCAGAGACGGUUGGCUCUCCGUAACACGGGGGUAUAGUUGUAAUCAUUCAUUGCAUGGUUUACUUGUAGGGCGUUAGCUGUGAGUUAAUAGCUCUAAAAACCCAUCUGAAUGCAUUGCAAUAAGAGAGCAUACACACGGGCAAUCGCACGUACACGCGGGCAUACACAGUAUAGUCUACUAUCUGUCUACCUCAUUACGCUAGUGUUGGCACAUUCAUGGUCAUUUUGGACUGUAGGAGUAUAAAACACAAAAAACUAAUCGUUUCUUCGUUUUUUUGUUUUAUCCACCAAGUUAUGGUUGAAUUAGAUGACUCACAGAAAGUAAACAUGGUGUAUGUCUGUACUAAUUUCACUGCAAUGAUGCUUUGACAAUCAAAUUAUUUGGAAUAAUUACUUUGUAAAACGUCCAUUUUAUGUCCUCACAUGAAAACGAAAAUAUUUUUGUUCUUUUUAAAAUUAUUAUUAUUAAUAAUAAUAUUAAUAUUGGUCAAUUAAUGGAAAUAUUGGUUAUGUUGUAUUCCCAGAGUUCAGUGCACUUUGUAGAUAUUCUAAACAUGAGGAAUUGUUGACUUAUUUAUAUUUUUUACCGUUUUACUUAGUUUGGUUUAUUAUUAUUUACCUAUUUAUUUUAACUUAACUUAUUUAAAAUACAACGUAUAUUUCAUUUGUGAAGGUGUGCUUAAAUGUGUCUGUGUAAGCGACAGAAACUAAAAUAAACCAUGCACGUUUUA